AAAAACAUUACAUGUACGACAACAGGAGCUAACACACAUUUAACAAUCACGUGAUUCUCGUGGCACUUUCAUUUGUAUACAAUACAGUCAGUUUAAAGUAUAUCUGUCAUUUGGAUUUAACUAACACAAUGUCAUGAAUUUACACGGACUAGUCCCAAUAAAAAACAGCAAACUCUUGCAGUUGAAAGUCGAUCACCUAUAUCAUAUUGCUCUUGACACGGAACAACAUGACCUGCAAACUAUGUUUGGGGAUGUUAAGUUUGUCUGCUUUGGUGGGCAGGUGUCUCGAAUGGAAAAGUUCACAAGUUUUGUUAUUCAUGAAUUAGGAUUACAGCCUGGCACGGGCGAUACACCUACAAAUUAUGCGGCUGGGACUGAUCGGUAUGCCCUUUACAAAGCUGGACCGGUUCUUGCUGUCAGCCACGGAAUUGGAAUCCCUUCUUUGUCGGUGGUGUUCAACGAAAUAUUAAAGCUUGUACAUUAUGCUAAAUGUACUGAUGUCACAUUCUUCAGAAUAGGAACUUGUGGCGGAGUAGGUUUAGAACCAGGAACUGUUGUAUUGACAGAGAAGGCAGUCGAUGGAGCAUUCCAGCCAUUCCUAUCCACGACUAUUCUCGGUAAGAAAGUGCAAAGACCUGCAUAUGUUGAGAAACCUCUUCUAGAAGAACUGCUUAGCUGUUCAGAAAAUACAGACGACUUCAAAACUGUCACCGGUACAACAAUGUGCACUGAUGAUUUUUAUGAAGGACAAGCCAGAUUAGAUGGAGCUUUCUGUGACUAUGACGAAGAAGAUAAAAUGAAAUUUCUGAAUAAUGUGAAAGCAAACGGCGUUUGUAAUAUUGAAAUGGAAUCUCUUGGAUUUCUCGCCAUGUGUAAUCAUGCAGGAGUACCAGGAGCAGUUGCAUGUGUAACGUUACUUGACAGACUAAAAGGGGACUUCGUCAGUACGGAUUUCAGUCUUUUAAAAUCCUGGCAACACAGGGCACAGACAAUCGUGCUAAGAUUCAUCAAGCAACGACUAACUCAACAAAACAGACAUAAAAAUGGUUAAAUCCUCAAUGUUGUGAAAUUUCAAUUUAAAAGAUAGAAGAAGACAGUAUUGAGCUCCGACUUGAUAUUUCUAUUGUUUAGAAUCUUAGUAUUUCAAAAGUUCCCUCUGAUGAAAGACUAAAACUUAAGACUCUUACCUAUUAUGAAUUAUUCAUAUAUUUUGAACACACAUAUUUAUAAAUAUAUAUAUACAUAUAUAAUUAUAUAUCAAAAAUGUUAACACUGUAUUGUUAAUUGAUCAAUUGUGUAAAUUCUGAUAACAUAUGGAUGCUUAUGAGAGUUGUCCAUAUGUAUAUAUGUUUAUUCGUAGUUUUCAUGACAAAAUUUUAAGACUUUUUAUCAGGUUAGCAACCACUUUCUGAAACAAUGGCGAUUGAGUUUUUUUAUCACUUUUAACCCAUGUUCUUUUAAAAACGCCUGAAGUCUGAAAUAAGAUAGUUGGUUUCAACUUGUUAAGGAAGUCUUCGUGAAUGCAUUUCCUGGAUAUGUUUGACAUUUUAUAAGUUUUGAGCUUAUCACAGUCUUAAUUGGUGAGGCUGAACAUCAAUGAUUAAAACAAUUGUCUCACAAUAAGAUAUUAAAGCCUUAUAAGAACGUUUCUUUACUCACUUAUCAGUUCAGAAACUGUAUAUGUACAACUUAAUGUUUGUGUUUUUAAGUACGAAUGAUUAAAAGAAUGAUUUGUAAA